AUGUCUACCGGACAGCAGAAGAGCGCUUUGAACAUUGUCAUGGGUGCCAUGACCUUCGGUGAAGAAGGCAAGGACGGAGCCCGCGUGCACGACCUCAACGACGUCAAGGCCAUCUUGGACAUCUUUCAGAAACACGGCCACUACGAGGUCGACACCGCGUUCGUCUACGCGGGAGGCACGAGCGAGGAGUACCUCGGCAAGAUCGGCUGGAAGGAGCGCGGCCUCGUCGUCCACACGAAGCUCUACCCUUGGCCUGGCGCCAUCUCGCACAAGCCCGAGGAGUUGCGCAAGUUCCUGGAUAUCUCGCUGAAGCGCCUGGGGACCGACUCGAUCGAUAUGUGGUAUCUGCACGGCCCGGACCGCACGACGCCGUACGAAGACACCCUGCGGGCCGUCAACGAGCUCCACAAUGAGGGCAAAUUCAAGCGGUUCGGCAUCUCCAACUAUACGUCCUGGGAGGUCGCCGAGCUCGUCGGCAUCGCCCGCGCGAACGGCUGGAUCCAGCCGACAGUGUACCAAGGCAUCUACAACGCCAUCCACAGGAAGGUCGAGCCGGAGCUCUUCCCGUGCCUGAGGAAGUUCGGGAUCGCAUUUUACGAGUUCAACCCGCUCGGUGGUGGUUUCUUCACCGGCCGCUACCGCUCCCUCGAGGACACGAGUGCCGCAGCCGACCCCGGCUCGCGCUUCGAUCCCAACACCCGGCAGGGCCAGGCGUACCGCGAGCGGUACUGGAACGAGCGGUACUUCGGCGCCCUCGCCAAGAUCGAGGCCGUCGCGCAGAAGCACGGGCUGACGUUGGCGGAGAUCGCGCUCAGGUGGAUCUCGCACCACAGCUUGUUGAAGAGGGAGCAUGGGGACGCUGUGUUGAUCGGGGCGUCGAGCGUCAAGCACAUCGAGCAGAACUUGGUCGACCUUGAGAAGGGACCUCUGCCGGAGGAAGUCCUCAAGGUCCUCGAUGAGGCGUGGCUCGAGGUGCAGCCAUAUGCAGCCAACUACUUCCACUAA